GCCGUUAGCCUCUCAGUCGCGAUCCCUCCGUCACGCGCGCGCAACGUUUCGGCCUUCCUCCCUCAUCCUCAGUGCCUGCGGGAACCCCCGGCCGCGCCUGCGUCCUCCCUUCCCGCGCCACUUUCUAAUCGUUUUUGCUCACCUUCGCGCCACUUGGCUGGGUUGCGUGCGUCCAGAUGGGUAACUUUAUGGGUUAGUGUGACUGCGGCGUCGACGCUUUCCUGCUCGGAACUGGUUUUCCGUUUUUUCAUUGAAAACUAAUUGAGUUCACCAAACUGGUUUCGGUUUGACGUAAGAGCGACGAGCCCCCCACCCCCGACGUCGAUUUUUCUUUAAUUCCGCUGCGCGCUCCAGGGCCGGAAUGAAGUAGAGUGUCGGCCGGAAAAAGUGCUGUGAGUGAAGUGAGUCGAGUCUGAGAAAAACUAUUGCUUGCAACGAAAAAUGAAAGGAAGAGAGAAACUCUGUGCCAAACUGAGCAGCGCUUUCCUGAGAAAGUGGUGGUUCGUGGUGGCGGCGUCCGUCGGAAUCAUCAUCUUCGGCGUCAUCGUGCUCGUAUUCUUCGCCAGCUGGGUCAACCUAGUCGUCAAUCACGAAGUUACGCUGAGGAAUGGCUCGCAGGCCUUCGGAUGGUGGGCCAAACCGCCCGUCGUCCCCGUUAUCCAAGUCUACGUCUACAACGUCACCAACGCCGACGAGUUCCUCAACAACGGCUCCAAGCCGGUCGUCGACGAGCUGGGACCUUACGUCUACGUCGAGAAAUGGGAGAAGAAGAACAUCAAGUUCCACGACAAUGGAACGGUUUCGUUCAACCAGGAGAAGAUCUACAUGUUCGAUGAGUCGAGGUCCGCUGGCCUUGAAGAUGACGUGGUCGUAGUGCCCAAUAUACCAAUGCUGAGCGCCACUUCCCAGUCGAAGCACGCCGCCAGGUUCCUCAGGUUGGCGAUGGCCAGCAUCAUGGACAUCCUCAAGAUCAAGCCCUUCGUGGAGGUCACAGUGGGCCAGCUGCUGUGGGGGUACGAGGACCCUUUGCUCAAACUCGCCAAGGACGUGGUGCCCAAGGAGCAGAAGCUGCCCUACGAGGAGUUCGGCCUCAUGUACAAUAAAAAUGGUACCUCGAGGGACAGGGUGACGAUUUUCACUGGAGCGAAUGAUAUUACGAAGUAUGGCUUGAUUGACAAGUUCAAUGGGCAGUCCCAUUUGACGCACUACACUUCGGAUAAGUGUAAUAGCUUGAUGGGGUCGGAUGGGUCGAUUUUCCCGCCGCACUUGACGAAGAAUAGUACCAUUUACGUGUAUGACAAGGACCUGUGCAGGAUUCUACCUCUGGUGUACGAACAAACCGUCAAAGCCAGCGACGACAUCGAGGCCUACCGCUUCACCCCGCCCCUCGACGUGUUCGCCGACGUGGACGAGAAGCCCGAGAACUUGUGCUUCUGCCCCCACGGCCCCCCGUGCGCCCCCGCGGGCUUCUUCAACGUGUCCUUGUGCCAAUACGACUCCCCUAUUCUGUUGUCCUUCCCCCACUUCUACCUCGCCAAUGACAGCUACAGGACGGCUCUGGAUGGUAUUUCGCCCCCGGACCCAGAAAAGCACAGGUUCUAUAUGGACGUGCAGCCCCUCAUGGGCAGCGCUAUGAGUGCCAAGGCCAGGGUGCAGAUCAACUUGGCUGUGUCCCAGGUGGUGGACAUCAAGCAGGUCGCCACUUUCCCGGAUAUUAUUUUCCCGAUUAUGUGGUUCGAGGAGGGGCUGGAGGGGUUGCCCAAGGAGAUGACCCAUUUGAUGGGUCUGGCUACCACGGUGCCGCCGAUUGCCAGGGCGGCGCUGUCGGGGAUUUUGUUCGCGGUGGGGGCGCUGCUGCUGCUCAUCGCGGUGUGGAGGUUAGUGCGCGGCGCCAACCGGCUCAGUUCGCUGCACCUGGCCCCCGGCCACGUGGGUCCUCCCGCCUCCAAGAACAAGGAUGUUCCUAUGGGAAACGUCCCUAGAAGUUAAAAUGGGUGAUCGUAGUCGUGAACAACGAUUUGUUAUAGGAUAGGACAAUUUGCUCAUUGUUAGGGAUAAGCGUAAACUAGGUGUUGUUUCUUUUUUUUUUAAUUUAGUACAAAAAAUUGUUGGUGUUACUCGUCAAAAUUGUGCCUUAUGUCUUACGGUGAUGAAAAGACAAACGAAAUUGUAUUUUUGUACAUUGUGGUGUAGUGCGAUGUAUAGGUAAUCUAGGGACAAAGUGAUUUUGUUUAGGUCGUAAUUUUAAGAAUCCGUCCUUGUAAUUUUAUGUAUAUUAGUAUGAAUAGUCAUUUUUUAUUAUUCCAAUUAUAUUUUUAAUGGUUAAAGUGUUGUAUAUUUGGACAAUAAACUUUGUAUUUUUUA